UCCCCCCUCCACACUCCUCUUGACACUCUGCUGCGCAGGUCUUGAACGAGUCUGCAUGUCUGUGACAGCCUUUACGACUCCAUACCAGCUGUGCUGUUGAUAUAUUAAUCUUAAUUUUCUACCUCUAGUCUUUCAGCCUUGUUUCUCGGAGCCUCUCAUCAUCAAAUCAUCAUCAUGAAGACAUCCAAGUCCCCUCUGUGCUUGGCCUUCCUACUGAUCAAUGCUGUUGUCGCGGAAGCUGGAGUUGAUCUCCACAGUAGUAAUGUCGGGCAAGAAGUCAGCGGAAGGAAGAUUGAGAAUCUCAUCUCUGGGGUUGAUAGGUCAACAAACAGUGUUGCGGAACUGGAUAUAUCUGCCAUCAACGACGUUCGACGUAGCGCCAACGCCAACACACUGGAUAACGCCGACCUCGUUAACAAGAUCGCUCAACUGGAUAUUGGUUCUCUCCUCAAUGCCGGCGCACAGGGACAGGGCGCUAGCCAGGGUCAGAGUCAAGGACAGAGCCAACAGCAAGGUCAGGGUCAAGCGCAACCUCAGGGUCAAAGUCAGGGACUGAAGCCCGUGGGCCCCAGCGAUAUCAACACCAGCAACGUUGGCGCCGAUCUUGCGAACCAGGUCGCUGCAGGGAACAGACCUACUGUCGGCACAGGAGACAUCAAUACAAGUAACGUCGGUGCAGAUCUCGCAAACCAAGUCGCUGGAUUUGGUACCACACCUGCCGCACAAGGCCAAGCUCCUGACCAAGCGCCAGGUGCCGGACAAGCACAGCCUGCUCCACAAGCCCAAGCCGCUAAAGCUCCUCGACCAGCUGCAGAGUCCCAGCCUGUAGCUGAGGCUCGCCCCUCGACUGGAGCACAAGCAGCUGCAGAAGCUCAACCAAGCCGACAAGGCCAGAGCCAGGGAACGAGGCCUGCAGGACCGAGCGACAUCACCACCAGCAACAUUGCUGGUGAUCUUGCAAAUCAGCUUGCUCCUGGAUCGGGCGUCAAUGGCCAGCGUCCAGCGAGCAACGAUGUUGCAGGGGAUCUUGCGAACCAGAUCGCUGGAGGAGGUGUUGCUCCAAUCGGACAGGGCCAAUCGAGCCCUCAAGGCCAGGGCCAGGUAGCUGCUGCACAGAGUGGUGGUGCUGGCGCGGCAAUCAUCGAAGUCAAGUCGACUAUCCUCCAGGAGGCUAACGGCCAGCAGAUAGCGACAGCCGUUAUUGAGCAGCAGAGACAAGGACAGCAACCCGCAGCAGCGCCAGCACCGACCGAAGCGCCCGCAAUAACAACUCCUCAGGCUCUGGCUGCUCCUGCAGAAGCCAAACCUACUGAAGCACCAGCAGCAAUGCCUGUCUCGGCCGAGCCUCAAAGCAAAUCGACAGCUGUUGAGGCAGCGGCGAAACCCGAGACCCAGCCAACUCAACCUCCUGCGGAGGGCAUGAGCGCGAUGGUAGGUAAAUGACUGCCAAAUAGUUUACUUGUGCUAAUAUGAGACACAGACCUCCGCGCCAGCUGCUCCUGGCACAAUCACUGAAGUUGCUGAAGGUGGUAAACCCACUGCAUCGGCAGGAGAGGCUCUCAAACCAGCGG